AGGUGGGCUUUUUAUCACACACGUAUCCAAAAUGACCGGCGAGACGAAGUUUCAGUCGCAAUGCGAAAAACUUGUGAUCAAAUUGCAAGAUGAAGGCAGAAAAAAAUUUGAAAAAGUUUCGGAUGAUCUGCAGAGGAUCAUAUUCAUUUACGAGCUGGCCAAGGAGACGCCAAUCGAGUUGGCCAACUGGGCACCGAAGGACUUCCAAAGAUCUCUAAGCCUGAAGCUCAAUGGAAAUAAGUUGUUUCAGACCCGCAAUCUUUUCCAUGCUAUUAAUGUUUAUAAUGAAGCUCUGCUGCGGUGCCCCCAAGAUUGUAUUGAAGCACAAGAAUUGCAUGAUAUAUUGAUUGCAAAUAGAAGCGCUGUGUUUUUUGAAUUGAAAGAAUACGAGAAAGUCCUGAAGGAUGUUGAAUUGGUGAAGGCGUAUAACCAUCAUCCAGCGAUUUACAAAUUGCUGAUACGCGCAGGAAAAUCUUGCGAAGCGUUAAAGAAGAGUUCGAGUGCUCUUGAUUACUACACAGAGGCUAAAGCGGCAUUAACCUCUGGCCAGUUCGAUGAGGAUGAGGUGAGGAAGCAGCUCGUCGAGGUAACAAACAACAUUAAUUUGUUGAAAGGUAAGAAACUCGUCGACGUUGCUUGCGCAUCUAAAGAUGCGGAAAUGGAUAUAGAAUAUAGGAACAUGGGCUAUCCAGCAUUGAGCUCCAAAGUUUGCGUGAAAAGCUCACCGGAAUUGGGCCGCUUUAUCGUAGCCAAGGAUGACAUUAAAGCCGGAGAGAUCGUAGCGGUCGAGGAACCCUUCGUCUCCGUCGUUAAUGGGAGUACGUAUAGGAUGAACUGCGCCUAUUGCUUGAUCUCUACGAACCAACCUGUCGCCUGCGAACUAUGCUCUCAAGUAUGCUUCUGCUCAUUGGCUUGCAAGCAAUCUGCCAGCUUCCAUAAGGUCGAGUGUAAAAUGCUUCUGACCCUCUACGAUAUUGAAGCAUCGGUGAACUGUCUAAUGGCGCUCCGAAUGAUAACCAAGAAAGAUUUGGAUGCACACCUGAAAGAGGCUAAGGAACUGAAGAAGGAAAGGAACGUCGUAAUUUACAAGACGACGGACUAUUACAACGUGACUCAGUUAGUUUCGCACUGGGAAACUAGGAGCUUUGAAGACUUUCUUCAUUAUAGCUUAAUUUCGACAUUCUUGUUGCGCUUGUUGAAAAUGAGUGGGUACUUCGGGGAGACGGAUGAUGCUUCUCUCACCGAGGAUGAAGCUUAUAUAGGUAGCUUAAUUCUGAAAAAUCUUCAGAUUCUACAGUUUAACGCUCACGAGAUUUCCGAGCUGAACAACGACGUGGACGGUGACUACAAAACCGAGUCUGUCGGAGCUGGACUUUAUCCCACUUUGGCACUCUUUAAUCACUCGUGCAAUCCAUCGGUGAUAAGAUAUAACAUUGGAAAUGUUAUGGUUUUAAGGGCAAUAAAACCUAUUAAGCGCAAAGAAGGAGUUUUUGAGAAUUAUGGGCUUUUGUUCACAAACAGUGUGCGCGAUGCACGCAUCGCAACACUGAGGUCCACCUAUAGAUUCGACUGCUACUGCCAAGCCUGCACCGAGAAUUGGCCAUUAUUCCAGGACAUCAGUAAAACUGAGUUAAAAAUCGCCUGCGACUGCGGCAGUUCUUUGAUUGCUGACAGCGAAAUUGAUGUAUUUAUGAUCUCGUGCAAGAAUUGUAAAAAAGAAAAAAAUAUCAUCCCAACGUUGACGGCAUUGAUUCCACUUGCGGAGAAAUCAAAUGAAGUGGAAGAGUUGUACGCCCAGCGGAAGUACGGGGAUUGCGGGAAGCUUAUCAGCGAGUUGCUGGAUGUUUACACAAAGACACUUCUACCACCAAUCAGCGAUAUGAUAAUUCUCCAGCAUAGAUUAAAAACGUGCCUGAUAUAUCAAGGCAAUAAGCAUUUCAAUUUUAAGUAGAUUGACACUUAUGCAACACUCAUUCCAUCCAACCAAUAAGUUAUGCAUAUGAUAAC